AUGGCGCGUCAGUCACGUGCUGUGGAAUCUAAACGAGUGACAGCUGAAUUGUUCACUCUAACUUAUGGAGCUCUUGUUGCAAAUAUUGUCCGUGAUUUCGAUACAGAUGCAGAGAUUAAUGAACAAUUGGAUAAAAUUGGGUUUAAUAUUGGUUUAAAGCUGGUAGAAGAUUAUUUGGCCCGUGGAAAUCCUGGUCGUUGCAAUGAUUUUAAAGAGACUGCUGAAGCGAUUGUAAAGGGUUUUAAGAUAUUCUUAGGUAUAACUCCAAGUAUUUGUAAAUUCAGUUCAGCUGGUGAUGAAUUCAGUCUUGUAUUGGAGACUAAUCCUCUAACUGAAUUUGUGGAUCUUCCAUCAGAGCAUCAAAAUCUCUUGUAUUCUAAUGUAUUGGCGGGCGCUAUACGCGGUGCUUUACAUAAUGUACAACUUGACGUUGAAUCUCGUUUUGUACAAGAUCAAUUACGUGGAGAUCAAAUUAAUGAAAUACGUGUUAAAUUUAUUCGUCGUUUAGAAGAAGUUAUUCCCGGAGAUGACUAA